UCCGUGUGACGUAGUGUGACGUAGAUUUCUGCCCGGCUGGCAGUGACGGUCAACGUGGAUAACAGCAAAGUGCCGAGAACAGCACAGCCGCCUUCCCACGACUUUUAUUCAGGAGACUAUGGAAGACGUUCAGCAGCCGAAGCCAGAGAGCAGUAGCAGCACGUCCAGGAGGAGGCAGGACUACCUAGAAUGGCCUGAAUACUUCAUGGCUGUAGCCUUCCUGUCGGCCCAGAGGAGCAAAGACCCCAGCUCGCAGGUGGGCGCGUGUAUAGUAAACCAGGAGAAUAAGAUCGUGGGCAUAGGUUACAACGGUAUGCCCAACGGCUGUGAUGAUGAUGACCUACCCUGGUCCCGUUGUGAUGACAACUGGCUUGACACAAAAUACCCCUAUGUGUGCCAUGCAGAGCUGAAUGCCAUCAUGAACAAGAACAGCGCUGAUGUGAAAGGAUGCACCAUGUACGUGGCUUUGUUCCCCUGCAACGAGUGUGCCAAGCUCAUCAUCCAGGCCGGUAUCAAGGAUGUCGUCUUUCUGUCUGAUAAGUACCAUGACACACAGGGGAUGGCUGCUUCCAGGAGGCUGCUCACCAUGGCGGGUAUAGAGUACAGGCAGUUCAAGCCCAAAAGGAGCGAGAUUGUCAUUGAUUUUAAUUCCAUUAACCACCCUGGAAUGCUGAACAGCACGACCAAGUGAAGAAAGCUGGCGCCUCACCUUGGGGAGCUGAAUGAGGCGAGAAUGAAAGGGACUUUGAUGACUUUUUCUGUAUGUCUCCUUGCCCCCCUGCUUUGUCCAAAGGAAAACUGAAGGACACCUUAACUUUGGCGCCUUUUCAUAUUCUGAUUAACUGGAUAUUAAAGAUGGUUUAUUUUGACGCUGGGCCCUUUGUGGAUGGCGGUGGCAGAAGGUCUUUCCUGGUUGCAUCCACUCUUUUUUUUUUUUUGGACUCCCUGUGUGCUCAGACACACACACACACACACACACACCUCAAUCAUGCUUUCUCCAGUGUUAAUAUGAAACAUAUUUGGCUGAGAGUCUGAUCUUCUCUCGCCUGUCUGCUUAUUUUUCCCCCUCCUUCAAAAAGGUUUGUAGUCGAGAGUGGAGGUAGGCACCUUGACAAUCAGUUAAUUUGACCUUUUACCUUCCGAGUGGAAGCUGCAUUCAGGCCUUUUUAAAAUCGGGUUCAUUCAACCUGUCUAAGCAGGAGGUAUCCCUUUUUAGAAUCUAGUCUGUUCAACCUCUUGGUUGCGUUUUUCUUCCAACUUUAUUACAGCUCCUAUGGAAAGUUUCCUCAAGUAAAUCCCUUGAUUUUUCUUUAUUCAAUGAUAAAGUUUGUCCUAUCAGAAGGAUUAAUGGAGCUGUGUAGGUUAGGACUGUCCUUCUCUUUACACACUGGGCGUGUUUUGUUACUGUUUUAAAAAAAAAAAAAAAUUGCCUGUUGGCAAUUUAGUUUUAAUAACUAUAUACAAUUCUUCCUGAAAAAUGAUGCGGUCUUCAGUUGGUGGGACGUCUUUUUUUGUGGUCUUUCCUUCAACCCUAGUAAAUGAUGCAGCAGAUUCUGUUUAACAAUUUGUUGUUUUAGACGACUUUUUAGUUGCCAAAAGGCUUUUUUGGAUGGUUAUACCGGAUAAUUCCACUGACCAUUAGGAUGGAAGCUGUUUGUCCUUUGGCUGUUCUACUGUUACAAGUGUAUGUAGGUUGUCUCCAUUCAUCCAUCCAUUCAUCCAUGUCAGUGGUUGUUGAGGUUGAAGUCAAUAAAAUGCUGGACCUGA